AUGGACAUGUGCAUGGGCAUGGCCAAGCUGCUGCUGCUGCUGCUGCUCCUCGUGGUCACCGCCAGCCACGGCCACGCGGCGGCGGCGGCGGCGGGGAAGGAGAGGAACACGAUCACGCACGUCAAGGGGUUCGACGGCCCGCUGCCCUUCGCCCUGGAGACCGGGUACGUGGAGGUGGACGAGGCGCACGGCGCCGAGCUCUUCUACUACUUCAUCCAGUCGGAGCGCAGCCCGCGGGAGGACCCGCUCAUCCUCUGGAUCACCGGCGGCCCCGGCUGCUCCGCGCUCUCGGGCCUCCUCUUCGAGAUCGGGCCCCUCAAGUUCGACGUGGCGGGGUACACCGAGGGCUUCCCGCGCCUCGUCUACUUCGAGGACUCGUGGACCCGGGUCAGCAACGUCAUCUUCCUCGACGCGCCCGUGGGCACCGGCUUCUCCUAUGCGCGCGACGAGGAGGGCCUCGACGUCAGCCUCACCGGCACCGGCACGCACCUCCGGGUGUUCCUGCAGCGGUGGAUCGCUGAUCACCCUGAGUUCGCCUCCAACCCACUCUACAUCGGCGGCGACUCCUACUCCGGGUACACCGUCCCGGUCGCCGCGCUCGAGAUCGCCGACCAGCCGGAUAAGGGAGGGCUGAACCUCAAGGGGUACCUGGUGGGCAACGCCGGCACCGACGACAAGUACGACUCCGGCGGCAAGGUCCCCUUCAUGCACGGCAUGGGGCUCAUCUCCGACGAGCUCUACGAGGCGGCGAAGGGCAGCUGCGGCGGGGACUUCGUGACGACGCCCAGGAACGUGCAGUGCGCCAACGCGCUCAUGGCGAUCACCAUGGCCACCUUCGCCGUCAACCCGGUGCACAUCCUCGAGCCCAUGUGCGGCCUGGCGCUGCGCCCUCCGACGACCCCAAUCAGCAGCAUCCUCUCCACGGGCACGAGGAGAAGGUCGGCGAGGCUGCUGGUGCAGGAGGCGGACCGGCUGGCGCUCCCGGUGGAGUGCCGGGACAACGGGUACCGGCUGUCCUACACCUGGGCGGACGACGCGGAGGUGAGGGCGACGCUGGGCAUCCGGGAGGGGUCGGUCGGCGCGUGGAGCCGGUGCGUCACGCUGACGCACUUCCGGCACGACGUGUACAGCACCGUGCCCUACCACGCCAACCUGACGCGGCGCGGCUACCGCGCGCUGGUGUACAACGGCGACCACGACCUGGACAUGACCUUCGUGGGCACGCAGGCGUGGAUCCGGACGCUGGGGUACCCCGCGGUGGCGCCGUGGCGGCCGUGGUACGCCAACCGGCAGGUCGCCGGGUUCACGACGGAGUACGCCCACAACCUCACCUUCGCCACCGUCAAGGGCGGCGGCCACACCGCGCCCGAGUACCGCCCCAAGGAGUGCCUCGCCAUGCUCGACAGGUGGACCUCCGCCGACGGCAGGCUCCGGAGUACUAUAUACAUACUGCCUACGAGUACAAAUGAGUGUACUGUAUGUAUAUUUCGAUUUGGAACAGGGCUAGCUGUUCACAUCAUUGCAUGUACGGUGUCGUACUAUUGA